GGCCGCGUUCCCCCCUCUCUCUCCCCCAUUUUUUUUUCAGACCAAAUUCUCUCUCCUCUCACCGGAAACUCGAACCACUCUCUUCUCCGGUGGUUUUCGGCCAUAUCUCACUCACCGGAGGUCCAAAUUAAAUUCCGAGACCACCCCCGUGCUCCUCUCGUCGGCGCCCACAAGUCUAUACCACUGGGGUUGAGUUUCGUGGUGGUUUGGGUCGCCGGAAAACCGCGACCCUUCGGUGUUCCUCCGGCCCGAUCUCUCUCCUCCGACCUCCAAUCGAGAAGCCGCGACCACCACCGUGUUCCUGGUACCCAGAACCUCAUUCCCCAAAGUUUUGGGUCAGUUUGGCUCUGGUGAAGUCGCCGGCGACGACACUCCGGCGAGCCUUCCGGCGAGCUCCCCGGCGAUUUUCGUGUUCUCUCGCUUUUCCCUCACCUUCCCCACGAUAUCUUCUUGUGCCUCCAGGUGUGCUUCUCUAUUUUUACUUGUCAUUUGUGGAGGAUUGAUAUUGUGGGUUUAGUGAGGAAGUUGGGGGAUUGGUUUGUGCUUUGAUUAAUUCGGUAGGCCUCCUGUAUUGCUUGCUGUGUUUGUUCAUUCUUUGGUUGGCCUACCGAGUAUAUAUGAGUUGUGGUUGCCCCGCUUGGAGCCUAAUUUUCUGUCCGGAUGUAUGAUCCGAGGGCUCCAAGUGCGUUUGAGUUUGUGUGAAUGGUGAAUGGUGAAUGGUUCUGAUUGAUUGUGAAUGUUUUUCCCUUCCUGGGGCCUAGUCCACUGUCCGAACUUAUGAUUCGAGGGCCCCGGGUGAGGAUGAUUGUGACCUCACCAUUGACGAAUUUCCAUGUAUGUUGUUGGGUUUCUGCUGUUUUGUGGCUGCAGGAAGAUGAACACUUACUUGGCCAUGCUCGACGCCGACCAGAGGAAGACUCUGAAGGACAUCCAACGCCGCAAAGUCGUUAAGCACCAUUACCUCGAUUGGAGGGUUUUCGAGGAGCUGGGUGCUCGCGAGGCAAUGGAGGCUGCCAUCCGCGCUUACUCUUGGCGCCGCCUCCUUUGCCUCGCUGAGCCGAUCUAUCAGGAGCUCCUCUGGGAGUUCUACUCCACCUUCGAGCAUUUCCGGACCCACGCGGGCUCACACGGCAACGCCAUCCAGUUCAGACUCGGAGGGGAGUUUUACUCCCUGAGCUAUGAUGACUUUGGUCGGGCACUGGGGCUCCUUCCACCUUUCGCCUAUCACCUGGAGAUCGAAGAGCCCGACAGUCCCAUCUUUCGGGACCAGCAGUUCUUCGAGAGGAUCUGCCUCCCGGAGUUCUCCGGCGCUGUUUUCACACCGGGCUACACCACGGCCACUCAGCUACGCCCAGAGUGGCGCAUCAUCAACCAGCUGUUGGGGAAGUCUUACGCCCCCAGCGAGGGCUCCACUAGUCAUCUUCAGCUCCGCACCUUGCAUUGCCUGCACUCCAUGAGCCACGAGGUGGACAACCUCCAUCUGUCCUCCCUCAUCGCCAGGACUGUCGUCAAGGCUUCUCGGUGUGGUCGACCCCUGGCGUGUGGGCCGGUGGUCACUGCCCUGGCACGGUACUACAACAUCAACCUCUCCAGGUUCACUCUCAUACAGGAGGCAAAGCCCUUCUCCAGGGACACCCUACGGCGCCAGCUGAUACUACAGCGCGAGGGGGACGUGACCUGGAUCCGGGGCCUUCCUCGCCCUGUUCCUCGUGCACCCGAGGGUGAGGAACUCCCCGAGGCGAGUGCUGCUGCGGCCAGUCGGGCCAAUCGUCGUCGGCGGAACACUCCUUCUGCGCCUGGCGCCUCCACCUCUGCUGCCGGCCCAUCUGCUGCCGCACCCACCACUUACAUUGCCGAGCAGCUGGCGGCCCUUUCCCGCCAGAAUGAGCAGAUCCUUCUUGGCCAGGAGCACCUCAACGCCCGCCUCGACCGUGAGCGCGAAGGUCGCCGCCGCAUCAUUUCAGCUCAGCAUUACAUGAUGAGCUACUGGGACAUGGAUCCUGCUGCUGUUAGCUACCCUUGGGAGGCGUCCCCAGGGCAUGAGGACCACUACCCGCCCCCGACCGGCGAUGGAGGGGAUGAGUACUGAUCUGGUUUUGCCAGCCCAUCGAGUUGGGGCUUGGCUUUUGUCUAUCUUUCCAGACUUAGACUCCGUAUUGUGUUUGGUUUUUAUUUCUUGUUCCGUAUUGUGUGGAUUGUUGACUUGGAACUAUGUUUUAUUUCACCCAAUGUGUGUGUUCUGUUAGUUCUAGCUCUGUGCCCGUCGGACUGGUCCGCCAUCCAGUCAACGUUCCUGAACACUGUUUCACGGUAACAUCGUUCCCCUUCCCUCGGCUUCAUUGAGGACACUGUCGCAUUUAAGUGUGGGGGGGGGGGUUCUUUGUAUUUAUUGGAACGUAUAUAUGGGUGCUUGGAGCCUAGUCCGCUGUCCGGAUCUUACGAUUUGAGGGCUCCAAGUACUGCUGUUUGAUCAUAUUGGCACUGUGUUUUGAUUGAUGAAUUGAACGGUUUUUGGAUUAAUGCAUGAGAACUUGUUGGUGACUAGGAAAACCUAUGAUGAGGGCUGAGAUGUGCAGUAGAACAAUGUAGGGGUUCAGUUUUUCAACUGUUUGCUUACCAACUGUGACUUGAUCUGAUCACUUGUCUUGACAGUCGUUUAUGCAUCUAGUUCAGGGUAUCAGAAUGUGAGAUAGAGCAUAUAGGUAGCCAUGUGAGAUUUGAGCCUGCUCGUUUCUUUCUUGUGCGAUAGAUCCCUCUUCCAUGAUGUGUAGCAUUCACGUUGUCAUUAGCUAAGAUAAUGGGGGCAUAGGAUUAGCCCACGCCCAAAACUGACUGUCCUGAUGUGUCAUAUCCCCUAGUCAGCCCCUUUGAGCCGUGUGUUAUCCUUUCUUUUGGUCUAUAACGAAAAAAAUCACCCUUGUUUCAUCUUUUAGAAGGUUCCACAGAGUGGUUGUUACAUAUUCUCUGCUGUUUCUGCUAAAGUUUAUGUGAGUGUUGGAGGCAGUGCUUGAAAGUUGGGCAGAUGUUUGAAAUAUGUGCAGAAGUGGUGGCUCUCUUAAGAAAUGAAAAGAUAAAUGAAAGAAAAACAAAGAAAAAUUGAAAGCAAAAGAGAGCCACUACCAAAAAUCUGAAUAACGCCCAUUAAGUAGUGUUUCUUAGCAGUCUGGCUUGGAAAUGCUGAUGUUUAUGCCUCCUUCGCUCUUGUGCUCUUGAGAUGUUGAGUAUUGCAGAAUAGCAGAAAGGGAAUACCGGUUUGUUUGACUGUGAUUGUGUGGGUUUGGAAAUGUGGAACCUUGUGCUAUGAAUACUUCCACCACCUAAAAGGCCUUUUCCCCAUGUCCAAGACCCUAGCCAGUCAUUUGAACCUGUGUCUAAGACCUCCUGAUUAGUUAGUGGUGACACCCCAUAUGUGAACUCUAGCAUUUAGAGGCUGCCAUCAUGGUGAAGAGAUGUUAGGGAUUGAGAGAAAUAACAUGCGCAUUUUUCG